CAUUUCAUUCAGGCAGUUAAACUUUUGUCUCCAGAGUUCCAACCUUCUAUAUAGCAGCUUAUACGGUUUCUUCCCCCGGAUUGUCAAAUUUUGAUGUUUUCUGCUACAUUUCCUGUUACUGUUAAGGACUUCAAAGACAGAUACCUAAAACUACCUUAUAUUAUAAAUCUUAUGGAUGAGCUGACCCUGAAGGGUAUUACGCAGUAUUAUGCUUUUGUGGAAGAAAGACAGAAAGUCCACUGCCUAAACACUCUUUUCUCUAAGCUGCAAAUAAACCAAUCAAUCAUUUUCUGUAACUCGGUGAAUCGGGUGGAACUGUUGGCCAAGAAAAUUACAGAGCUUGGAUACUCGUGCUUUUAUAUCCAUGCGAAGAUGCUCCUGGACCAUCGAAAUAGAGUAUUUCAUGAUUUUCGCAAUGGCGCUUGCAGGAACCUUGUUUGUACUGAUCUUUUCACAAGGGGUAUAGAUAUCCAAGCGGUGAAUGUUGUUAUAAACUUCGACUUUCCCAAGAACUCGGAAACAUACCUCCACAGGGUUGGUCGAUCGGGAAGGUUUGGUCAUCUUGGAUUGCCAGUGAAUUUGAUCACAUAUGAGGACCGCUUUAACUUGUAUAGGAUUGAACAAGAACUUGGGACUGAAAUUAAGCAAAUUCCUCCUCAUAUUGAUCAGGCUAUUUACUGUCGUUGAAUUUUUUAGCCUACGGUGGUAACAAUGGUGA